CCGCUCGCCUGUAAUACACUAAGGAUGGCCAUGGCCAACAGGAACCUGAAGCAAGUGCGCAUCGAGAAGACUGCCACCCCGAGCAGCAGUGCCGACAUGGCGUCCAUGCCGCACCAGCAAAUGGUGACUCCAGGCAAGGGCAUGAAGCGCAGCCUGGACCUGUCCGAGGGAGACCCAUCACUCAUGCCUCCCAAGAUGGAAGAGCGGGAAGAGGAGCGCGGGGUCACCAUUGACAUUAAGAGCUUCUUGAAGCCCGGGGAGAAGAGUUACACCCAGCGCUGCCGCCUGUUCGUGGGUAACCUGCCUACAGACAUCACCGAGGACGAGUUCAAGAGGCUGUUCGAUAAGUACGGCGAGCCCAGCGAGGUGUUCAUCAACAGAGACCGGGGCUUCGGCUUCAUCCGCCUGGAAUCCAGAACUCUUGCCGAAAUUGCGAAAGCAGAACUUGAUGGCAUGGUCCUGAAAAGCAGACCCCUCCGCAUCCGUUUUGCUACUCAUGGUGCAGCUCUAACUGUUAAGAAUCUAUCACCUGUUAUUUCAAAUGAGCUACUCGAGGAAGCAUUCUCCAUGUUUGGGCCAGUCGAGAGAGCUGUGGUUAUUGUCGAUGACCGUGGCAGAGCUACUGGCAAAGGAUUUGUGGAGUUUGCAGCCAAACCUCCAGCAAGAAAAGCCAUGGAGAGAUGUUCAGAAGGAGCUUUCUUACUGACAACGACUCCUCGGCCAGUUAUUGUUGAACCAAUGGAACAGUAUGAUGAUGAAGAUGGUCUGCCAGAAAAAUUUAUGCAGAAGACUCAACAGUAUCUUAAAGAAAGAGAGGAACCCCCAAGGUUUGCUCAGCCUGGAACAUUUGAAUUUGAAUAUGCAUCCAGAUGGAAAGCUUUGUAUGAAAUGGAAAAGCAGCAAAGAGAGCAGGUGGACAGAAAUAUCAGGGAAGCUAAAGAAAAACUAGAGGCUGAGAUGGAAGCUGCUCGUCAUGAACAUCAACUUAUGCUCAUGAGGCAAGAUCUUAUGCGGCGCCAAGAAGAGCUUAGGCGGCUAGAGGACCUGAGAAAUCAGGAGCUUCAAAAGCGGAAGCAGUUUCAUAUGAGGCAUGAAGAGGAGCAGAGACGGCGUGAAGAAGAGAUGAUUCGUCAGCGGGAGCAGGAGGAUCUUAGACGACAGGAAGGUUUUAAGGCAGCUUACAUGGACACUAGAGAACAGGAUAUGAGAAUGGGUGAUAUGGGCGUCCGUGGAGCAAUAAACAUGGGAGAUGCAUAUAAUCCAGCACCUGCUGGUACCCAAGGUCCGCCUCCCAUGAUGGGCAUGAACAUGAACAACCGAGCAACAGUUUCGAGCCCUUCAAUGGGUCCUGGUGCUUCAAUGGGCUCUGAGGGAGCUGCAAGCCUGGGAGCUGCAAUGAUGCCAGAUAAUGGAACAGUGCGCAAUGAUAGAUUCUCCCAGCCAUCUCCAUCACAGAUGGGAACUCCCAUGGUUAACAGAGCAGGAACUGAAGCUGCUCAGCCAGCAAUGGGUGGUGUAAAUGCAGUUGGUGUUGGACCUGGUGGCUAUGGUAGAGGAAGCCAAGGGGGAAACUUUGAUGGAUCUAACAAGCGUCACCGUUAUUAGUGGAUCAUUCUUCUCUGAAUACAUUUAGUAUAAAUUCCAGUGGAAUGCCUUUUUUAUUUUUUAUUCAUUUUUAACAUUGUUUUCUCACUUAUAGCAUUUGUAGAACUUUUUGUUAUGUAACUCCUUCAUUGUGUUUUGAUCAGUAGUAAAAUUCACUAUGCCUCAUUGUGAAUGUUGAAUAUUAUUGUGAUUUAAUCUAUUUGUAACAGUGCUGUAAAAUGUGCAGUUAAAUCACAAUAAAGGAAAAUCUUAUUCUGCUGUGUAAUAAAGCCGUUUUAAAGGUAGGAAUUUGGUGUCUAAACUUGGUAAAUUAAUUUCUUGCAGUAAUACCCUUUUUAUCUGCUGCAAUUUUACUACCUUUUUGAAUGCCAGUUUCCAGAGCAAACUUGUGUUUUCUUUUCCGACUGUACUGCAUGCAGUGUGUCCUCAUGAAGUCCUGCAUGCUGCAUUCAGGGUGCAUUA